ACGUUUGGUCCCGACACACCACGCACAGCGGACCACUAUCUGUCCUGCUCCGGUAGGAAGACAACACAGAGCCAAAGACUCAGGACAACGCCGACAGCAGAUAAAGAACUAACCGGCUCACAGAAGACCCCCCGUUAGAAACGGAACAACUGGAUUUAGAGGGCAAAGAAAGCGUCAUAUGAUCACUGUACAAGAGAGGUCGUUGCUUUAAAACAGCCGUGCUCGCUCCAAGAUACGCACCGCUCCAAUCUGCGGCUGAAGGAGUCUGUCAAGUGCGGUGAAGUUCUUUGGCUGUGUUAGAGAUUGUAACUUUCUCAGGGUGAAUUUAAGUGCACUUCAUGAGGCAUUAUCACGAGGCAUUGUGUUUACCCGCUGGAUUUGAACAUGCUGGCAGUGAAUGGUUUGGUAUUUCUGCGGUGAAAAUCCACUUAGUAGACAUCACUGCAGAUUUUUGUGAAGUGCACUUUCAAGGUUACUAAUCUCUGAUGUUGAUUAAAUGAGACGUGCGCUCUCUUGGGUGAACACCACCACAGUGCGCAGAUCACAGUGUGGAAAGAAAGGUGAGAUAGAGCAGGGCAGACUUUACAACUUGAAAGAAAGCUGUGUGUAACUACAGACUCACAUAUGCGUGAAUGACUUCCAGACAUUUAUGAGGGGACACUUCAUAUAUCUGAUAUGGAGCUCUCUUAUAGGAUACACAGUUGACAGUUGCACCAGUCUUGGUAGGAAGUAGUUUGCGCGUUUUAUUUGGAGCUUUUAGCGCACGAACGGGCGAUUCUUUGGCAAAAAAAAAAAGUCGCCCGAGACUUUCCAAGAACUCUUUCCACAUCAAACCACCACGAACUCACACUGAGCUCCCGGACAAUGGCCUCCUCCUCGCGGAACAGUUGCUUCUUGUUGCUGUGGAGACGGACCGUCCUCACGCUGUGCAUGUGUGCGCUGGGGGCGCACGCUGCGGAAGGUGACAACAGCUUCAACGCAGAGUCAUGGCUGAGGAUGUACGGUUACCUGCCGCAGGCCAGCAGACAGAUGUCCACCAUGAGAUCAGCUCAGAUCCUGUCCAACGCCGUCAGCGACAUGCAGCGCUUCUACGGGCUGGAGGUCACCGGACAGAUGGACCCUCAAACCAUUAGUGCCAUGAGGAGACCCCGCUGUGGUGUGCCUGACAAGUUUGGAGGGCAAAUCAAAACCAACGUGAGGCGGAAACGCUACGCACUCACUGGACAUAAAUGGAACAAAAGCCACCUCACUUACAGCAUCCAGAACUACACUCCAAAGAUUGGAGAGUAUAACUCCUACGAAGCCAUCCGUCGGGCCUUCAAAGUCUGGGAGAGUGUGACCCCGUUGACCUUUGACGAAAUCCCCUACCAGGAGAUCAAAUAUGGACGCCGCAAGGAGCCUGACAUCAUGAUCUUCUUCGCUUCGGGCUUUCAUGGUGACAGUUCACCUUUCGACGGAGAGGGCGGCUUCCUCGCUCAUGCGUACUUCCCUGGACCUGGCAUGGGCGGGGACACACACUUUGACUCUGAUGAGCCGUGGACGAUAGGAAACCAGAACGUUCAAGGUAAUGACCUCUUCCUGGUGGCAGUCCACGAGCUUGGUCACGCUCUCGGCUUGGAGCACUCCAACAACCCUCUGGCUAUCAUGGCUCCUUUUUAUCAAUGGAUGGAGACCGACAAUUUCCAGCUGCCCGAAGACGACCGACGGGGAAUGCAACAGAUCUAUGGUCAACCUGAUGGCAGCCCCACUCAGGCCCUGCCAACUGUGACGCCCCGUCGCCCGGAGCCCAGACCACCUCAGCCACCUCCUCGCCAUCCAGACCGCCCCAGGACCACCGAUAGACCGGACCACUAUGGACCCAAUAUCUGUGAGGGGAACUUUGACUCAGUGGCGAUGCUGCGUGGAGAGAUGUUUGUCUUUAAGGGCCGCUGGUUCUGGCGUGUGCGUAAGAACAGGGUUCUGGAUAACUACCCCAUGCCCAUCAGUCACUUCUGGAGGGGUCUGCCCGGAGACAUUGAUGCUGCCUACGAGAGACACGACGGCCGGUUCGUCUUUUUUAAAGGAAACAGAUUUUGGAUUUUCAGGGAGGCAAACCUGGAGCAAGGCUACCCAAUGGAGCUGGUUGACUUUGGUCAAGAUAUUCCCUAUGACAGAAUAGACACAGCCAUAUGGUGGGAGCCAUCGGGCUUCACCUACAUCUUUCAAGGAGACUGGUACUGGCGCUUUAAUGAGCAGUCUCGCCUGGCGGACAGAGGUUACCCGAAACCAAUCAGCGUGUGGGGAUCUUCAGUGCCCUCGGCUCCCAAGGGGGCCUUCCUCAGCGAUGAUGGGGCGUACACUUUCUUCUACAAGGGAUCCAAGUACUGGAAGUUUGACAACCACCGCAUGAAGAGUGAACCUGGCUACCCUAAGUCUAUCCUGAGAGACUUUAUGGGCUGCAGCGUGGACCUGGACCCGGACAGAGACACGGACGCUGACGCAGGACGCAAAGUCCCGGAUGUCAACCGCCCUCCAUUCAACCCCGAUGCUGGACGUGACGCUGACAAGGGUAAAGACCGGGAUGGAACGGAUAAUGGUGGGAAGGACAAAGACACGGGCAAAGGCUCGGACAACGACAAAGACGAAGAUUACAGAGAGGGUCGGGAGGAAGACACCAACGAGGUGGACGUGGUGCUGAAGGUGGACGACAGCGAGGAACGGACCAUGAACAUCCUGAUGGUGACCAUCCCGCUGGUCCUGGUGCUGUGCAUCCUAGGACUCAUCUACGCCAUCAUCAACACGCUGCAGAGCAAAGGAGCGCCGCGACUGCUGGUGCACUGCAAGCGCUCGUUGCAGGACUGGGUGUGACACGUGACAUUAAGGGUCACUGAACUUUAAACUUUUACUGAACCUUAGACUCAAUCGUCCUCUAACCCAAAACUUAUCCUGUGAUCCAUCCGUCUCACGUCUCUGUGCUCAGUAGCUCCUGCAGCUCUUAGGUAGUAGAUCCCGUACGGAAACACACACACAAGAACAAAUCCAGGCAUAAAUGAUGUCUUACACACAUGCCUACACACCCACAUGAACACCACCCUUAACUCCUCCUGUCUCCCAUGGUGCUCUACAAUGCGUUGACUGUAGUCUAUUUAUAUGAGAGAAGUUUGCACAUUGUUUUUAUUUCUUGUUUUUUUUUCUUUUGGUUCAUUUUGUGUGACUUUUUUGUUGUUGUUAUUGUUUCUAAACCAGGAAGCCUGUUCUAUUCUCUCCUCCAUUUCUGCACCGCCCUCCUCCUUUUCCUAAUCUCAGUCAGGCUUUUUCCCCAAAGGAUAACUUGACUUCUGCUUGUGCUAUGAAUGUUGCCACAAAUGAACGUAAUGGAAACAGUUCAUACGGACAGACGGAUUAGUAGAUGGACGAUCUUUCCGGUGGGGUUUGGUAGUGAUUCUUCCUUUCUUGUCAUCAUUUUCUCCCUCUUGUUUAUCUUUUCUCUUUCCUCUGCAGUGCAGUUUAUGGUGUUGCUGGUUGAUGGGUUAGAGAAGCAGGGUCUGAUACUUCACUGUAGUUUACAUAAAGAGAUAUUUUAAGCCCAGCCUCUGAGGCCAGUUAUUAACCCCUCUGACUCCCCUUUCUCUGGAAGUGAUCAGGCUGCAGCUGAAACUCUGUCUUCGCUGUCUUCCUCAAGUGAGAUGUUGAUAAUUAACAUUGUGGGGUCGUUGCUAAAAAUAUUUCUGAUGCAAGCUUUUAAAAAAAACUUGUUAUUCAAACUGAUUUAAAGAGGAAAUGCAGAAUAACAGUAAAGAAAACACGGACAGCUUCCUGGAUCUAAGGUAUUUUGACCCUCCAUACUUGCUGUGGUUGUGAUCACACGCACUUUGUAUGUGAGUAUGUUCAGGAAAUGAGCAGGAUGAAUCUAAACUUAAUAUACGAGCCAUCCAACAUGAGGAACACACUUAUUUAUAUCUUAUGCUAGUGAGAUAAAUGGCAGUUAACCCUUAUUUGUACUACGCAGAAGCCUACAUAUGAUGCGUGACGUACAGUUCCUCAAAAUUGUAACGAGGCAUUGAAACAACGUGGACUACAAGCCCUGUGAUUGGACUGGGUAGCAUCAGAUUUUGUGCAUUAACAACAUUUCCUGCAUCGCCGCCAUCGUCCUACACCUGCACUGAUUCAGCAGACAAACAUUCUUUCAUCUCUGACUCCAAGUAUGUGACGGCUGAGCUAUAGUUAAAUUCUGUUAAUGAUCUGUACAUUUUACCCUCUGCAAAUAAUGUAGUGUAGCUUAUAAUGUGGAAUUACUGCUUUAAAACAGAGCUGAUUUUUGUAUUCUGCAGUUCCCCUUAGUGAGAACUGUGUUGACUUGACAGAAGUGUGGGAUUUAGAAACAGCCUAUUUAAACCACUACUGCAGCUUGUUCACACACAUUUGAAAAAUCAGUCUAACUUCUUUCUUUCCCUUAUUUGGAAACCAUUUAAAGACCUCUUACUCUGAAAGGGUAAGCAGAGUUUAAAAGGGUUGUCAUCCUUUAACUCUUACACUUAGAGAGCUGCCUCUCUGUCACAUUGAGACCUUCGGAGGAUGCAGACUGAUGUUUGAAUGAAAAAGUCAGCUAGCUGUGAAAUAACAGACAAAAAGGAGCGUUUGUGUGACUUAAAACACAGGAGAGAAACAAGACAGAGCUUGGCCUUAAACUUAACAACAGGAUGUAACACCAUCCCUACAGCACAGCAGUUGCCGGUUGUAGCUAAUGUGCCGUGGAGUUUGUAAUGGACUUUUUAUUGCUAGUGAUUUUUGAAAGGACAUUUUCAUUGACGAGCCACGGUCUGUCUGUUGUAAACAUGGUGGAGCUGCAAGCACCAGGGUGGGCUCGGCCGUGAGGCUCAUGUGAACUCAGACUAAUCCUCUUCAUUAAAAAACAGCAGGUGUGUGCAAAUGCUGUUAACCCCCGCGACCCCCAAACUAAACCUUGAACCCCCCCGAACCAAAACAUUCUCCGCUCCCUUUUCAUCUUACAGAGAUCAAUGAUGAGACGAAGCGGAGUGAACCAAAGAAAAAUGUCCAACUAACUCGCCCAUUAUAUCAGCAUCAAAGAGAAGAGGGUAUCUCUGAACAUUUUAGCCUCUCUACUACAAAUGAUCACUGAUCAUUUUCAAACGUGUGCCUUAGAGUUUUAGACUUUUUAACUAUGAUGCUCAGUGUUCCUGGCAACCUUUAGUUUUCAUUUGUUUUCAACUUUUUGACCGCUGAUACCACCACAAAAGUUAAUGAUUGUCACUUUGAGGGAUUACAUAACCCACGCAGGUUAUAAGUGUCAGCUUACUCAAUCUGGUAGUGCACAGAAAUAAAGGGACUCUAAUGACUGUCAUGGGAAAUGCUUAAAAAAGACUUUUGAAAACAUCAUUGUUCACAAAGUGGUUGAGGCAGAAUAGCUGUUAAGUUUUUAGGAAGUGGUAGAGAGGCUGAAAUGUGCUUUCAUUUUUACAAACAGAUUUGACAUCCUUUAAAUGUCACUACACCUUUAGUAAAUCAACUUUAACAAUUGAUCCAGUCAUUGUAAGAUAUGUAAAUCAUUAAUCAGCAUUGGGAAGUCAUUAUCAUUGGUUGCUUUAAAUAAAUGAGUAAUCUUUGGGGGCUACAAAUCCGGCCAAAACGGGGGAGUGUGUAUGGCCAGAGGACCAUACAGUGCAGCUUCAAAUAUGAAUGGGAGGAAAGCUUAUCUGAGGGGGCAUUAGGUAGUAAGCUGCCGGUCUGAGCAGAGAGGGCUCAGCUCAGCCGGCUCAGGUUACACAGAUCUGGACGGGGAGGGUGAGGAGAGACUGAAUUUCCUGCAGCUGAGACAAGGGAUAGAGGGGGGGAGUGAGGGGGGAGGCUGACCUCUUCUCUCUGAGCUUGCAAAGUUUGGAUCUCAGGAACAAGGAGGGGUGGGAAUUCAGAGAGAGAGGGAGAGAGAGACUUUGAUUUGCUCAAUCCCACUGGCAGCAGUGACCCAAAUUCUCCUGUUAGCUCAACAUCAGAGCUAGCCAAAGAGGAAACUUUAGCUUACAGUAGCAGGCUGACUUUUUGUUCACAGGAGUGCUUGCUGUGGCUUUGUAUUCACCCCAUGACAUGCAUUAAAGCAUGCACAUUCAACCUGGUUGUUAGGGCUGGAUGAGAAAACAACAUGAACACAGGGUCCUGGUGAUAUUCAAGUUAGUAGCCUUGAUAGUGAAUUUGAAAAUGUCCCAAGUUGAGGAAAUUGUUGGCAAACAAUUUGAUACGUUGGACACAAAGGCUACAAAAUACAAAGUUCUAGGCACCAAGAAUGAGGUCAUUGUCUUGUUUUAGCUACCAACCUUCAUACAGGUUCAGAAAACGUUACUGAACACAUAACAACACUUUGUACUUGAUGAAAGGACAAGGAUUUCUCUUCAAAAAGACAUAGACUCAUAAGUGGUUCCCUGAAUUUUGUCUUUUGUAAUCCAUUAGACUUCCGAUCCAAUCCUCCCCCGCUCUGUAUUCUCCAGAUUUCUUACAUGUUGCUGUGUUUGGGACAUUGUUGGCCAAUGUCAGUGAUUGUGCCGGGGUGUGAAGGUCACAGCCAUCAGUCGGCAGGUCAGGACAUAAACACAAUGCAGCACCAAGGUGACUUUGCUGUCGCUCUCUGUCUCUAACACACACACACACAGCAUGCAGGAUGAAGAGAGGCUUUAUCUGCCAUUAGAUAAAACCCAGCUCUGCUAUUCAGAGGAGUGGAGAUAUUGUAAGUUUGUUUUAUGAAGUGAAACAAUCAGAAAUGUAUUUUUGAUCCUCUUUCUCUCCACUUUACACAGUUCGUAUCCCUUUAAUACACAUGGAAUCAAAAAGUAUCAAUGUAUAGAUUGUUUGACAACCUUUCUCAUCAUCUUUAACAAACAAAAAACCCUGAAGGCUUCCUCUCAAAACCAAGUGUUAGCUGCAGCUUGGCCACAGGUCACCGUCCCAUAUCCAGCCCUAAAGUAGGAAAGCACAAGUAGCAGCAGCAGUCUUUUUGGCUAGACUCACAGAGUUAUCUUUAUCUGCUCUCCUGGUUGUCCGUCAUCGAGGUGAAGACAGGUUUAGGUGGAACACCUUUGCCUCAUAAAGCUGAGGAAGAAAAGAAAGAGCAUAAUUAGCCUUAAAGAGAAGUCUUGAGAUUGAUCUGUGGCGAGUCGAUUCAGCGGUUGCCAGGAAACGGUGUCCUGUGUCCAUCACUCACCUCCUCAUGAUCAGGGUUACAGGGGGGAUGGGGUUGGCGGACUAAGCUAAUCAGUGUUAAAAGCAAACCCCCCCCCCACCCCUCUCUCUUCCUCCUAUCCUGCUCUUCCAUUGGUCCAUCAAUGAGAGCUCAGACAGCGUAGAGUCUGGACAGGAUCACAAAACGCCAACUCAUUGCACAAGAUAAAACCCUCUAGAGUUCUUCCUCUUUUUUUCUCCUCCGUGACCUCUCCACAGAGUCCACAGGGAGGUAACCACUUCAAAGCUCAAGAAAACCACUUCAAAGUUGAGAAAGUCGAGCGUACCUGAGUUCGCUUUGCUUGCAGUUUGAGAGAUUCUCGGUGAGGUGUCACCGACAGAGAUCAAAUUUGGCACAGUUCAUCGUCUCCGGACAUCCGGGGAGAAACAGACGAGUGCUAAAAGGUUCAGGGAAGAAAUGUGUCAGGGCUGAUUGAUGCAUGUGUUUUUGUUUCUGUGUGUAUGUGUGUGUGGAGGUGUUCAGUUAAUCAGCUCUCCUCUCCAUAAGCGAGGCCUGUUGUCUGACUGUAAAUCUCCCACUCUCUCUGUCCCCCUCCCCUCUGCAUACUGGCCCUCAGAGCCCGAGGGGAUCAUAAUAACAACAAUGGCCUUCUCUUUCUCCCCCCUCUCGCUCUCUCUCUCUCUCUCUCCUCCCUUUAUUUUCUCUCUCCCUAAUACACACACAAACACAUUAUUGUCUUUCAAAACCUCACCUUCCUCCCCUCCCUUUCUCCCCCCCCUGCUUAGAAAUCCAGUCCAAGCCAAGGUCUAAAGCCCUUUUUAGAUCCACCUCCUUGUUCAGCAACAUUUGAACACUGCAGGAGGAUUCACUUCUAAAACACUGUACCUGUCAGGCUUUGAGUUUUGGCGAGCUCAGACUUUGCAGCAGGGAGUCACAUUCGGAUUCAAAGCUGCAAAGUCUGAAGUAUUUUAUGUUAAUGCCUUGUUUAUUGCGAAGUACACAGUGUCUGAUGCAAAGUUUGUUUAAGGUUAGGACAUCUCUGAGCUUGUCUGAGCUUUCAUCUCUCUCAGGAUUUGUUUCUGUAAACACUGCAUGUGAAGCAUUUCUCAGUCAGCCAGGCUGUCGGGGCUCUCUCAACCUUUCUUUUUGUCUUUUAUCUUAAUGAAAAUCUCAGUUUGAAUCUCUACAAUCAUGCAGAAGGCAGGUUUUCUGUGUCUGUGUCUGUGCCCUCAACACUUGUUCUGUUUCAGCUGCCUGUAGUCACUGCGCAUCUCUGCCCCUGAUCAUAUCCACAAACUUAGACAAGUCGUUGCAUCAGCCAAACUCUACUGGGAAAAACAUCAGAUCGAUAAAACUGGACUGAAAAGAUCAAAGCAUAAAAAAGUUGAAAAAGAGACUGUUUCUGUUUCACUCGGGUCAACUUUGUGGCUUCUAACAGCUUGAGCGCAGAAGACUGUGGGCUGUCCAGAUGCUUCUCUCUUUUUCCCAGAGUGCAUCUCACCUUGCUCAUCGAACCCUUUCCACUCUGAAACCACUCAUUUUCAAUCACCACUCGACUAACUCAGCUGCCCGAGGACGAAAUAGAAAAGACGGAGGCUGACAAAUGACUUUCAUUGUCUGUGAUGUCACUUUGCUCUGUGGAGCAGCAGAACGGCUCUCAGCGUGCGUCACAGACAUCUAACUGUUGAUCAGCCCUCUGUUUUCACCCGCUCGCUGCAGCUACAGUAGAGGGUAGAUUUUGGUGGAUUCAGCUGGACCUGUGCUGACCAUCAGUCGUGGAAUUGUGCAUCUCACACUUACAACCUUGUCGUCAUUACCACCUGAGUAAUGAUUCAGUGUCUUUCUGAGAACACAGAAAGAAUCUUUCAUCUCUGACUGGGAUGAGAGGAGAAAAAAAGAAAGCAUCAAUUGAUGAACACAGAUGAUUUUAAUGUUUGUUUUUGAUCAUUUGUCUUAUUUGUUUUGAUUUUGUGCAUUUUUUCUCUCCAAACUUGAUUUUUUUUUUGUUAAUAACAUUCCAAUUAGUUUUGAUGAUUGGUUGUUAGUGUUUUAUUUUCUGUAGAAAUGUAACAUUUUAUACAUUUGUGUUGUGUGUUCACCUCUAGUUGAGUGUGUUAACAAGCCAUGCUGGACAUGUACACAUUAAAAAAAAAUGCUCUGGAA